UAUGGAAUAUAUGGCUUUUGGUGAUUUAGCUACAUAUUUACGUCAACAAAUGUCGAAAGAUGAUUGUCCACAUGGUUCUAUUGAUGUACACUUGGCAAUUAAUUGGGCUAUACAAUUGGCUAAUGGUAUGAAUUAUUUAACAGAAUUACAUAUUAUACAUCGUGAUUUAGCUGCACGAAAUUGUUUAGUGAAUUCUAUGCUAACUGUGAAAAUUGGAGAUUUUGGUUUAGCUCGUCAUGCAAAUAAUCAAGAAUAUUAUAGGAAAAUUGGACAAGCUCGUUUACCUGUACGUUGGAUGGCACCGGAAACUUUAGCAUCUGCAUAUUUUACAAGUAAAUCUGAUGUUUGGUCAUAUGGUGUUGUAUUAUGGGAAAUAGCUACAUUCGCUUCUUUACCAUAUCCUGGUUUAUCACAUGAAGAAGUUAUGAAAUUUGUAUGUGAAGGUGGACAUUUAAAUUUGCCAGAAUGUCCAGCAAAAUUACCUGUUAUUUUAUUAACACUUAUGAAUAUGUGUUGGGAAUUUGAACCAAUUAAGCGACCGACAUUCAAUGAAAUUUUAUUGAAGCUGAAAUUAUUCACAUCUACCGAAUGUAUAUGAUAUUACUAAGAAUGUUAUCAUGAAAUAUCUACCUCAUUGUAUGUAAUGCUUAUUUUCGGGGGGGGGGGGGGGAUUCUAUCACUCUUUGUGUUAUCUCAAACUGUAAUCUUCGAAAUU